UCCGGGGCACGGCGGGGACGUGGGGCGUCAGUGGGUCUGGGGGAGCCGAGGCAUCACCGGGAUGGGCGUUCGGGGCCUGGGGUUGCCGGCAGUGUCACCGCGGAUGGGGCGGCUCCGGCGGGGCUCGGAGCACAGCGGUAACGGGGACGUCACCGGAGCGCGGGGUGGGCGCCGGGCAUGGGGAACCUCUGGAGUACCGGGGGUACCGGGGCUGAGGGGCUUGUGGGUCUAGAGCAUGGCGGUAACAGGGAUGUCACUCGGGCUGGGGUUGGUUGGAUUCGGGCUCAGGGUCCUCACCGGCGCUCGGAGCACUGUCACCGGGCACGGGGGUACCGGGGGUGUCACCGGGCACAAGGGCGUCGCUGGAUCUGGGGGGCUGCAUGCACUGAGAUACAACGCCGUCACUGGGCAUGGGGGCUCUGGACAUGGAGUUCACGGGGUGCCACCAGGCAGGAGGAGGCUUGGAGCGCGGAGAUAGUGGGCUGUCACCGCGGGGGGACUCGGAACAUGGGGUUCCAUGAGCAGGUCUGUCACCGUGCUCGGGGCACAGAGACAGCACCGGGGCUGCAGGGUCAGGGGUGUGCAGGUGGUGGGGAUGCCAUUGGGACUGGAGGAGCUCGGGGCUUGGAGGUUCCAGGGGCAUUCCUGGGGCUGGAGGAGGGGAGUAAUGGGGUUCUCAGCAGGGCUCUGGUGCUUGGGGGUGUCACCAGGGCUGGGGGGAAUUGGGCUAAAGAGAUUAUGAGAGUAUCACCAGGCUUGCAUCAUGAGGUUGACCCUGGGGCUGGGGAGACUCAGGACAUGCAGACAGUGGGGUACUAAUGGGGCAGGGGACCUGGGGGCAUACAGGGGGCAAUGGGGGGGUGUCCAGGCUGGGGUUCCAUCCCCCCGAUGAUCCUGGUGCUGGCAGCCUGGCAGCGUCCCUACCUGAACAUCUUCAAGCACUUCCGUGUGGAGGAGUGGAAGCGCUCUGCCAAGGAAGGGGACGUGGCCGCCCUCACGGACACGAGGAUGAAGGGAACAAUCUACCGCAUCCGAGGCUCCAACCCAGCCAGCAGCUACCUGCAGCUGCCACGGACAGGGACACAGUCCCUGGGGCUGACAGGGCGCUACCUCUACCUGCUCUUCAGGCCCCUGCCCCACAAGCACUUCCUCGUGCACCUGGAUGUCACCACCGAG